AUGUACAAAAGCACCCACGCCAUGGCGAAGCUCUUCUUUCUGGCCACCUCUACUCCGAUUCUUGUUCACGCAGGAAUACCUCGCCUUGAGAUCGUCAACGGCUGUCCUCAUGAGACAAUUUGGAUCGCACACCUGGCCAACGUUGGGAUUGGGCCCGGACCCAUCAACCACGCUAUUCCACCUUUAGGCAACAUGAUUUUCGACGAGACUGAGACUGACCAGCUUGCUGGAGCACGCUACUGGCCAAAGAUGGGUUGUGAUCAGGAUGGGAACAACUGCAUGUUGGGUGGUUCGGGCGGUCCUGGACAGCACUGUAAUCAGCUGAAGCCCGACUACUCUCUGUGCCAGCCGCCAAUCGACACCAAGUUUGAGGCCACCUGGGGCAAGAAGGGGGAGCCGUGCAAUCCCGCCAAUCCUGCCCAAAUGGCUGGCUGUGACUUCAUUGACAUGAGCUUGGUCGAUGGCUUCACGCUGCCUUUCAAGCUGGACAUAGUUUCCGGGCAGUGCACUGGGCAGGCGCCUCAACCUGUCACAAGCUUGGAUUGCAGCGGUCUCUCUGUGGACAAGUGCCCGGUCGACGACAACCUGGGCAAGGGACCCACCAACAUGCAGGCGAUCAACCCCAAGAUCAACAAGCCCGUCGGUUGUUACGCUCCAUGCCUGAAGCUGAUUGACCCCAAGUGGAACAACGGGCAGGCCCAGGGGAAGACCCGCAUGGACCCAGAUGUGACCAAGUACUGCUGUACCACGCCGCCGGAAAAUUCCGGAACCUGCAAUGCCGGGCCCUUGCCGCAAACAAAGUACGUCCAGACGGUGCACCAGUUCUGCCCUGGUGUGUACGCCUUCGCCUACGAUGAUGGCCAGGGCUUAAUGCGCUGCACAUAUGGCCAGUACAGGCUCACGUUCAUGUGCCCUGGCAUCCCGUUGACGGAGCAGAAGUUCGAGAAGCUCGAGGAGGUCAAGGAUUCGGACCUGCUCUUCUCCUUCGGCGGCGCCCUGACGUUCGUUUUGUUUGCGGCCGUCCUGGGUGUGGGCCUGGCUGUGGCUGCGUUCAAAAACUUCCGCUUCCGGGACCGCCUUGGCUGGAUGCCCGGGACCCGUUCGCGGAGCUCCAUGGAUUUGAUUCUUCCACCAGAGUGA